AUGAAGUUGGUGCCAAGAGAAGAAGGUAGAAAUCGGCCUAUCGUUCAAAGGAAUCUGUUUGGAAUUGACGUGAACUGUUGCAAGGCAACUAGGAAUCACCCAUUCUAUAUACUAUGCAGUCAGCAAGAAGGAGAACAAAUGUUACAGACCAUCCACAACUAUUUCAGACAAUUUUUCGGGUCAUCUAUUGAGUAUCAUUUAGAAAAUGGUAGCUUGAACUAUGUACCAAGACUGGAGAACAUCAAGAAUAGUAUUCUUUAUUUCCGGAACGAAGCAACAGCUGCACAAUUGUUGGAUAGAUACUUAACUGUCUCAUCCUCACAGGAUUAUAUUCGAGUCUCUUCAAUAAGAGGUUGUGAAUACGAACGAAGUCUAAAACUGGCUCAAACCAAAGUACUAGAGAUAAUGAUCUCUGGCAGUAGAGCUGGAGGACUUUUGAAGAAUUUCAAGGGAAGACAACUUUUUAUAAAUGAGGGAAUACUCACGGAUGAUGAUAUUAUUCAGUUUUUGAACAGUUGGAAAUCAGAUAACGGAUAUCAUAAUAUUGAGUUUUUGAAUGUUACUCUUGAGGAAGAAACUUUCCUGAAUCGAGAGAACAUAAUAAAAAAUAUUGAUAUAAAACGAUUUGAUGUAAUGAAGAAGAUGCCGGUUUAUCAUUAUGACAGAAGAAAAGGAUGGGAUAAAUGCGACUGGAAAAUCGAAAGCUUCUGUAGUCCGCACUUUAUAGUUCGAGAUGCUGAUCAACACGUGGCAUCACUGAAAAUCACAACUCGAGGAAUCCAAUUUGCUUCAUGGAAAAUGACAGAAGAAGAGGUUAUGAGAGAAAGAAUUCAGAAGGCUUUCCUACGAACUCCAUUCCAAAAGGCAGCCCCUUCCAAAAACUCCAUCAAACUUUCAAAAUUUUCAAGUUUGGUUCAGAGCGAGAUCUUGUCGAGCAUGGAGUUGGUGGAUCUGUUGAUGAUGGCUUCUUGUUCUCAGAAAUUCUAUCAAAAUAUGAAAUCAAUGAUGAGAAGCCGUUUCGACAAGAUACUCACAAUCACCUAUGAGUCGAGAGCGUCUAAUUCCAUCGAUAUCACAUCAUCUAGCAGUGGAGAAAAUCCAUUUAUGAGCAUACCAGGAAGUUUGAGAGCUCGUCCACUCGUUUCGAUCAAUCUGUGCGGAAUGGAUUUACAAGUCUACAUGCCAACCAGAAAUCACCCACUUAUGAUACAAUGCAAUACGGUUCAAAGAGAAACCAUGCUCACAUCUAUCCACAAUUAUUUCCUCGACUUCUUUGGUUCAUCCAUCAAAUAUCAGUUAAUUGUGAGCAUGCUGACGCCAACAUUUUCAAAACUAAAGAAUAUCUCCAGUACAGAUUUGUCGAGUGACAGUACUAUGUUAAUGGCUGAGUUCCACGAUUUUCUAAAAAUCUCUCCUAACCAGGAUUUUAUCAAAUUAUCUGAAUUAGAAUGUCCUUUGCUUGGAAGAAAUUUGGAAUUCGCUAAGGCGAAAGUGUUAGAUAUUGAGACAAUGUAUUGUCCGGCAGAAGACAUUUUAUCCAAUUUCGAAGGCAGGCAGUUGUUUAUUAACAAUGGAGCUAUAAUCGAUACUGUUGUCAUCCAGUUUCUGAACAAGUGGAGAUCAAAUGAAGGAUAUCAGAAUUUAGAGUAUUUCAGUAUUUUUGUCUCAAACCCUCUCAAUUCAAAUCAAAUAAUGAAUAGUAUUCCAAUCAAUCAGUUAGACCCAUCUGAUCAACUACCAGUUUAUCAAGUUGCUAGAAAAGAUCACUAUUGGAAACGUACAUGGGGAAUUCAUAAAUUCAGCAGUCCAAAUUACAUUGUUAGAGAUUCGGAUCAAUACGUGGCAUCCAUCUUGAUUACGGCGGACAAUAUCACUUUUGCCGCGUGGAAUAACACUGAAAAAGAGUUUUUGGAGAAACGCCCCGUCAAGAGACUCUAUUGA